UUGUGGCGGCGGCGCUCUGCUCUUCCCCGCUCGUCUGGGGCUUCUGCUGGAUAGUGGGGAGAAGUGCUCUUCUAGGGGGGCUUUUCUGGCCCUUGGCAGGGGUUUGGAGUUGGAGUCACAGGGGCCAAUAACUCAUCACCCCAGCACUUCGGAGGUGGCUCCCUGUGCCACGGACUCCGAGGAGUCCUUCAGCUACUGAACACUCAAAGCUGAGGAGGGCAGUUUGGUUUUGAUGCUGUGCCAGAAAUCUUCUGACAAUGAGUUACUGGAACUUGGAAAAAAGGAACUGUGUGCAGUACCGCAGGCAUUUUCUGGUGGACAACAGUGUGUUUCAUGUUGAAAGAUGCAUGAGUGUGAUGCAGUCCGGGACACAGAUGAUCAAGCUGAAACGUGGAACCAAAGGGCUUGUCCGCCUCUUUUACCUGGAUGAGCACCGGACACGCCUGCGAUGGCGACCCUCUAGGAAGAGCGAGAAGGCGAAAAUACUUAUUGAUUCCAUUUACAAAGUGACUGAGGGCCGGCAGUCUGAAAUAUUCCACAGACAAGCUGAGGGGAACUUCGACCCCAGCUGCUGCUUCACCAUCUACCAUGGCAACCACAUGGAGUCCCUGGACCUCAUCACCUCCAACCCCGAGGAGGCCCGCACCUGGAUCACAGGCCUCAAGUACCUGAUGGCUGGCAUCAGUGAUGAAGACUCCCUUGCCAAAAGGCAGAGGACCCAUGACCAAUGGGUGAAGCAGACCUUUGAGGAAGCUGAUAAGAAUGGUGACGGCUUGCUGAAUAUUGAAGAGAUACAUCAGCUGAUGCAUAAACUGAAUGUUAAUCUGCCCCGAAGAAAAGUCAGACAAAUGUUUCAGGAAGCCGACACAGAUGAGAAUCAGGGAACUUUGACAUUUGAAGAGUUCUGUGUUUUUUACAAAAUGAUGUCUUUGAGACGAGACCUUUAUUUGUUACUUUUGAGCUACAGUGACAAGAAAGAUCACCUAACUGUGGAAGAACUGGCUCAAUUUUUGAAGGUGGAGCAAAAGAUGAAUAAUGUGACAACGGACUAUUGUCUUGACAUCAUAAAGAAGUUUGAAGUUUCAGAAGAAAAUAAGGCGAAAAAUGUUCUUGGCAUAGAAGGCUUCACGAACUUCAUGCGUAGUCCUGCCUGUGACAUAUUUAACCCAUUGCACCAUGAAGUGUACCAAGACAUGGAUCAGCCCCUCUGCAACUACUACAUUGCUUCCUCUCACAAUACAUACCUGACUGGAGACCAGCUCCUUUCUCAGUCCAAAGUGGAUAUGUAUGCACGGGUGCUGCAAGAGGGCUGUCGCUGUGUGGAAGUUGACUGUUGGGAUGGCCCGGAUGGAGAGCCAGUAGUACAUCAUGGUUACACUCUCACUUCAAAAAUUCUCUUCAGAGAUGUUGUGGAGACCAUCAACAAGCAUGCCUUUGUGAAGAAUGAGUUUCCUGUUAUAUUGUCUAUCGAGAAUCACUGCAGUAUCCAGCAGCAAAGGAAGAUUGCUCAGUACCUGAAAGGAAUAUUCCGAGACAAACUGGACCUGUCAUCUGUUGAUACAGGGGAGUGCAAGCAGCUUCCAAGCCCUCAAAGUUUGAAAGGCAAAAUUCUAGUGAAGGGUAAGAAGUUGCCUUAUCACCUUGGGGAUGAUGCAGAGGAAGGGGAAGUUUCCGAUGAGGACAGUGCAGAUGAAAUUGAAGACGAGUGCAAAUUCAAGCUCCAUUAUAAUAAUGGAACCACUGAGCAUCAGGUGGAAUCUUUUAUAAGGAAAAAACUGGAGUCACUGUUAAAAGAAUCUCAAAUUCGAGAUAAAGAAGAUCCUGAUAGUUUCACAGUGAGGGCACUACUGAAGGCCACGCAUGAAGGCUUAAAUGCACACCUGAAGCAGAGUCCAGAUGUAAAGGAAAGUGGAAAGAAAUCACAUGGACGAUCCCUCAUGACCAACUUUGGAAAACAUAAGAAAACUACAAAAUCACGGUCUAAAUCUUACAGUACUGAUGAUGAGGAAGACACACAGCAGAAUACUGGCAAGGAGGGUGGCCAGCUGUACAGAUUGGGUCGCCGAAGGAAAACCAUGAAGCUCUGCCGAGAACUCUCUGAUUUGGUUGUGUACACAAACUCCGUGGCCGCUCAGGACAUUGUGGAUGACGGAACCACAGGAAAUGUGUUAUCAUUCAGUGAAACAAGAGCACAUCAGGUUGUUCAGCAAAAAUCAGAGCAGUUCAUGAUUUAUAAUCAAAAGCAACUCACAAGGAUUUACCCCUCUGCCUACCGCAUUGAUUCCAGUAACUUCAACCCUCUCCCCUACUGGAACGCAGGCUGCCAGCUAGUGGCACUGAAUUAUCAAUCUGAAGGACGAAUGAUGCAGUUAAACCGAGCCAAAUUCAAGGCAAAUGGCAAUUGUGGCUAUGUCCUCAAACCCCAGCAAAUGUGCAAAGGUACUUUCAACCCUUUCUCUGGUGACCCUCUUCCUGCCAACCCCAAAAAGCAGCUCAUCCUAAAAGUUAUCAGUGGACAGCAACUCCCCAAACCUCCAGACUCCAUGUUUGGAGAUCGAGGCGAGAUCAUUGACCCUUUUGUUGAAGUUGAAAUUAUUGGAUUGCCAGUAGAUUGUUGUAAAGAUCAAACCCGUGUGGUAGAUGACAAUGGAUUUAACCCUGUGUGGGAAGAAACACUGACAUUUACAGUACACAUGCCAGAAAUAGCUUUGGUUCGGUUCCUUGUGUGGGAUCACGAUCCCAUUGGACGAGACUUUGUUGGACAAAGAACCGUGACCUUCAGCAGCUUAGUGCCUGGCUACCGGCACGUCUAUUUGGAAGGACUGACAGAAGCAUCCAUAUUUGUACACAUAACCAUCAAUGAAAUCUAUGGAAAGUGGAGCCCUUUAAUACUCAACCCCAGUUAUACUAUAUUGCACUUUCUAGGAGCUACAAAGAACAGACAACUCCAGGGUCUGAAGGGACUGUUCAAUAAGAAUCCUAGGCACAGUUCUUCAGAAAACAAUUCCCAUUAUGUACGGAAGCGAUCCAUUGGAGAUAGAAUUCUGCGACGCACAGCUAGCGCCCCAGCCAAAGGCAGGAAAAAGAGCAAAAUGGGCUUCCAAGAAAUGGUGGAGAUAAAGGAUUCUGUGUCCGAGGCCACAAGAGAUCAAGAUGGCGUGCUGAGGAGGACCACACGCAGUUUGCAAGCACGCCCUGUCUCUAUGCCUGUUGACAGAAACCUUCUGGGAGCUUUGUCGCUGCCUGUAUCUGAAACAGCAAAAGACAUUGAAGGAAAAGAAAACUCUCUAGCAGAAGAUAAAGAUGGCAGAAGAAAAGGGAAAGCAAGUAUAAAAGAUCCACAUUUUCUAAAUUUCAACAAAAAGUUAUCAUCCUCCUCCAGUGCCCUGCUCCACAAAGAUACCAGCCAAGGGGACGCCAUUGUAUCUACUUCCCACAUGUCAGUCACAGGAGAACAGCUGGGCAUGUCAAGUCCUAGGGGUGGGAGAACCACAUCAAAUGCCACAAGCAAUUGCCAGGAAAACCCCUGUCCCAGCAAGUCUCUCUCCCCAAAGCAGCAUUUGGCUCCCGAUCCUGUAGUUAACCCCACACAAGAUCUGCAUGGUGUGAAAAUCAAGGAAAAGGGGAAUGCUGAGGACUUUGUGGAAGGGAAAAGCAUCUUGUCAGGAAGCAUCCUUUCUCAUAGCAACCUAGAAAUUAAGAACCUGGAAGGUAAUAGGGGUAAGGGCCGAGCUGCAACAUCCUUUUCUUUGUCAGACGUCUCCAUGCUCUGUUCUGACAUACCUGACCUACAUUCAACUGCAAUUCUGCAGGAGAGUGAAAUUUCCCAUCUUAUUGACAAUGUCACUUUAACAAAUGAGAAUGAGCCGGGCAGUUCCAUCUCAGCCCUGAUUGGCCAGUUUGAUGAGACCAACAAUCAGGCUCUCACAGUUGUUUCUCAUCUUCAUAAUACCAGUGUGAUAUCAGGCCAUUGUCCCUUGCCUAGCCUGGGCCUAAAAAUGCCCAUCAAGCAUGGUUUUUGCAAGGGAAAAUCCAAGUCUUCCUUCCUGUGCUCAUCUCCGGAGCUGAUAGCACUCUCGAGUUCUGAGACCACCAAACAUGCAACGAACACAGUUUAUGAAACUACCUGCACUCCCAUCUCUAAAACCAAACCAGAUGAUGACCUUUCUAGUAAGGCCAAGACAGGGGCCUUAGAAAGCAACCUGCCUGGAUCCCCUAAUACUUCUCAUGGCUGGUUACCAAAAAGUCCUACCAAGGGAGAAGACUGGGAAACACUGAAGAGCUGCAGCCCUGCCUCUUCUCCUGAUUUGACCCUGGAGGAUGUAAUAGCUGAUCCCACUCUCUGUUUCAAUUCUGGGGAGAGCAGCCUUGUGGAAAUUGAUGGAGAAUCAGAAAAUCUUUCUCUAACAACCUGUGAAUAUAGGAGAGAGGGCACAAGUCAACUUGCUUCUCCUUUAAAACUCAAGUACAGUCAGGGUGUGGUAGAACGCUUUCAAAGAGGUUUGAGAAACGGCUACUGUAAAGAGACCCUCUGCCCUUCUGUCCCUGAAAUAUUCAACAAUAUUCAAGAUGUCAAAACUCAAAGUAUUUCUUAUCUAGCCUAUCAGGGUGCUGGCUUUGUGCAUAACCAUUUCUCAGAUUCAGAUGCAAAAAUGUUCCAGACCUGUGUGCCCCAGCAGUCUAGUGCUCAAGAUAUGCAUGUCCCUGUACCCAAGCAGUUGGCACAUCUUCCUUUGCCUGCUCUGAAACUGCCUAGUCCUUGCAAAUCCAAAAGUCUGGGGGACUUAACAUCAGAGGACAUUGCCUGCAAUUUUGAGAGCAAGUACCAGUGUAUUAGUAAGAGUUUUGUUACAACUGGCAUUAGAGACAAGAAGGGCGUGACUGUGAAGACAAAGUCGUUAGAGCCUAUAGAUGCCCUGACCGAGCAGCUUCGGAAGCUUGUGUCCUUUGACCAGGAAGACAACUGCCAAGUGCUAUAUUCAAAGCAGGAUGCCAAUCAGCUGCCCCGGGCACUGGUCAGGAAGUUGUCAUCCAGAAGUCAGAGCAGAGUGCGCAAUAUUGCUAGUCGUGCCAAGGAGAAACAGGAAGCCAACAAGCAGAAAGUUCCAAACCCCAGCAAUGGGGCAGGAGUGGUUCUUAGAAACAAACCCUCAGCACCCACCCCUGCAGUGAAUCGCCACUCCACCGGCUCCUACAUCGCAGGCUACCUGAAGAACACGAAAGGGGGUGGCCUUGAAGGCCGGGGCAUUCCGGAGGGGGCAUGCACGGCUCUUCACUAUGGCCACGUUGACCAGUUUUGUUCAGAUAAUUCUGUUUUGCAGACUGAGCCAAGCAGUGAUGAUAAACCAGAAAUUUAUUUUCUUUUGAGACUGUGAAUUAUUUAAAACUGCAUUCUUAAGGUUUUCAAGGUAUUCUGUAGAAUGUCAGAGUUUUCAGUAAAUAAGUUCCUUGGCUUUGGAAUGAUUUUCAAAUGUAUUUUUAAACUUGUAUUUGGGUCUCCCUUUGACUUCAUGUGUUCUCCCUGUUAAUGCGUUUGUAUAUAGAUUUGGUGACAUUUCCCAUGUACCUAUUGUGAUCUUUCUCCCUUGAGUUGUUGUAAACUGUAUCAGUAUGAAAUAUGUGCAUGCCCUAGAUGUGAAACUCCGCAGCAGCUCGGGUUAUAAUGUGUGUGUGUUUCACCAAGAUGUCCUUUACUGUGUCCUCAGAUUGCAGUCACAAAUGUAGUCAUUUUUACUCUCUAACUGUUGAGUUGAUUAAGAGACUUUGCAAACGACAAAGGGAUGAAUUCCUUACUUUAAUCUGUUAUCAUUUUUCCUAUGUUUCCCUCUUUGUUGAGAAGCCCAGGUGCAUUUUUAUAACUCAGUUUUAAAAACUUUAAAAUAGUUACCUUGCCUUUUAGGAUGUUCUUAUCCCACCCAUAAUGAGAGUUGAAAGGGGAUGGAUAGCUGCUCCCCAUGCCCUUCCCACUUUUUGGAAUAGGCUGUGAGGGUGUGAGGAAGAAGGCUGUCUUUUGUACAUAAGGACAAAAUUGUUUGUUUUACAUAAAUUUUGUUACAUAUUUUUGCUAAUGGCUUUGUAUGUAACAAGAAGCGAGUUGCCAAACUACUUGUUGUACUUUUGAAUUUUCUGAUUGAAUUACAGACUGCGAACAAUGGCUUUCAGAAUGAGGGACUUCCAUCAGACUCUAAUGAUAAUAGUAGCACAAAUUGAAAACUUCCCCAAAGCUUUCACAGAAUAUUUUCUCAUAAUAAAAUCCAAGUGAACAGAUAAUUAGAAGAAACCCUUUUCCUUCAGGGAACCAAGCAACUCUAUUUUAGUACUGACAUGCGUUAUUUUCACUGUGAAUUCACUUUUUUAUUGCAUGUUCAGAUGUCCCUCUUUGUUUUUUUUUUGUAACAUUAACUGCAAUGAUGUUCUUCCUGGAAUUCAUGAAAAUAUAAUUAAAACACAUUUUUAAACA